AGGAAGAACGGGGCGGGGCUUGUUAGACCCUCUCUCUGCGGCUCAGGAUUGCCCUCGCCAUGCCCCAUCCUCGCCCCUGGUGGCACGACGGGUUUUUAAACCUUGUGCCGGCAGGACUGCGGACCGAAAGGUCUGCGGUUCGAAUCCUGGCAGCGGAAAAAAAAACAACCCCGCUAGUGUCCGAGUAAGAUGGCCUUCCAAGAAGUGUAGGGUCUUGGCGGUGGGUCUGUAGGUGACUGUGGAGACCUAUUCUUGACCCGCAUGUUAUUUUGCGGAGCCUCCGGUGGCGCAAUGGGUUCCAGCGUUUCCCAACCUGGGGAUCGGGACCCCUGGGGGGGUCGUGAGGGGUGUCAGAGGGGUCGCCAAAGACCAUCAGAAAACACAUAUUAAUUCUCCGGAGGACUGCUGAUCGACAGGUCUGCGGUUUGAAUCCGGAGAGAGGCGUGUGAACUCCCUCUGUCAGCUCCAGCUCCCCAUGCGGGGACAUGAGAGAAGCCUCCCACAAGGAUGGUAAACAUCAAAACAUCUGGGCAUCCCCUGGGCAACAUCUUUACAGAUGGCCAAUUCUCUCACACCAGAAGCGACUUGCAGUUUGUCAAGUUAUUUCGCAGUUAGGAUUCGUGUCCGUUGCUGUGGGGUAAAUUUUGCUGAUAUACUGGCUUGCCAGGGCCUUUACCAAGAAAAACGUUCUCUUCCAUUCACUCCAGGGAUGGAGUUUUCGGGGGAUGUGAUGGAGACCGGCAAGGCCGUAACCGCCAUAAAGGAGGGCGAUCGUGUCAUUGGUGUGACUGGUACCAGCGCUAUGGCUGAGGAGUAUAUCGCAGAUCCAAAGUUGCUCUGGACCAUCCCAAAGCAAGUUUCUUAUGAAGAUGCUGCAGCACUGCCGGUUUCUUAUGGGACAGCCAUCUUAGCCCUUGAACAUAGAGCACAGACACAGCCAGGGGAGACUGUUUUGGUGACUGCAGCAGCUGGUGCCACGGGACUCGCAGUUGUGGAUGUGGCCACUCAUAUUCUUAAGGCAAAGGUGAUAGCAGCAGCAGGAAGUGAUGGAAAAUGCAACUUGGCUCUCCAGAAAGGGGCUUUUCAUGGUGUGAAUUAUAGUGGGACCAAUCUGAGAGAAGAAGUGAAGAAGUUAACAGUGAAUAAAGGAGUAGAUGUGGUUAUUGACACUGUCGGUGGGGACAUCUUUAAAGAGGCAUUGCACAGCCUGGCUUGGGAAGGUAGAAUUGUAGUGGUUGGUUUUGCCGGAGGAACUAUCCCUUCUAUUCCAGCCAAUCUGCUGCUUCUGAAGAAUAUAUCUGCUUUGGGACUAUUUUGGGGCCGGUAUCGUGAGCAGGAUUUCCCGGUCUUUUCCUCCACACUUUCAUCUGCUGUUUUGUACUGCCAGGAGGGACGAAUCCAACCACAUAUAGGAGCAGUGUUCAGACUGGAAGAGGUAAAUGAAGCUUUUGCCCACGUGACCCAACGUAAAUCUACAGGCAAGGUUGUCAUCUCGAUUACUUAACCCUAUUUUUCAUGGAAACCUGCCACUGAUCUCCGUUGUUGCUACAUCCUGUUGAAGAGGAAGAGGUCCACUGCCAUGAAAGUCAAAGGAUUCACUCUUGCUAGCAAUUUUCAAUCAUAAGAGGACAUAAACUAUUCAGGCAGAACACUUGAAUUUCAGACUGCUAUAGUUUCUAUGAUAAUUCAACACUGGUGAUAUUAUGUACUUGUUUGAUUUGUCUCAUAAUACCUCCCAGCUCUUGGUGAUCUUGCAGAGAUGCUCUAUAGUGCACACAUGUCCACGAUCUCUUUUAUUACUUUAUUCUGCAAGUUGCCAUUGACAUGGAUGGCAACUUAUAAAUAGAUGGUGAGGUUAUAUCAUCAUCAUCUUCUGAUGGCUAAUAAAAGAGUCUGAAGGUG